UCAGCGCUUGUUGGCUUCGGAACGUUCCAAACGGUAAAACACAACCGACUCAUCUUGCAAUACAGUGUAUGUGUGUACAGAUGUUACAGAAAGUGUGCUUUGUUUUCCUUCCACGGGUUAGGCACGGAUUGUCUGAAACCACGCAACAACUACGCGACCAAAACACCCUAAUGAGCUUACGGGCUCUGUGGCGCUCCUGCCGUAAUUAACAUUUCCCUUCGUGCCAAUCCGGUGCCGCCAGAACUAUUUAGACGUUUCACCAUUUCCCGCCGACGGUGGCCCAGUGUUAGUGUGGACGGCGGGUUAAUAUAAUCAAAUCGAAAUCGAAAACUCAUCGCCAUCCAUACGGUGCCGCGGACGGCUACUGUACGACGACCGCGCAUACCCGGAGUGAGAAAACCCGGGCAUAAAAAUCAAACGCAAAUUGAGUGUAACCUUUUCGGAAUUGGAAUUCUAGAGCAGACGGAUGGUGUCGUCGUUGUCGCCAUUGCUGGCCAUGGGUGCAUGAAUCUUGAUUGUUUGGAAGUUGCUUUUUACCCCUGGUUUUGCCUGUGUACCCAAGCGUCUAACGAGCGUUCCAGUACCAGUUAAUACCAGCGAGGUACCCUUUUGGGUCACGUGUGUUUGAGAGCAAUUACCUUCGUUUGUUCAACCGUACCUUCAGAUAAUCACGUGUCCGUAGCGAAACACGACAAACCUCACCGCAGGCGUAAAGCAGUGAAAGCAGACAAAGCAAAAGCCCAAGCAAUGUGCCAAGAUUGCUUGCACCGAAGGAUUUUGUUGCGAUUACAGGACGCCCAGUCGGUGACCGAUCCCGUCAGUGGGCAGGGAGAUUGAACCCGGAAGCUAGAAGGAAAAAAGCGGCCUCUCACACCCUACCAACAGAAACCGGCAAUCAGUGGAAGCUCGUGCUGCAUAAAGGGUAACUCGUGGCGCCACCUGUUAAGCCGCAUACCACGAAAUCCAACGGGCUCAUAACGCGGUCGCAUUAUCAGUUCCUAGUGAAUCGAUUUUAAAACCACCGGUAACGUGCCCAUUGCAUCAUCAAUAUGCACGUGAUCGUUUUGAAGUACGUGCAAGUCCUGUGCAUCACCAUCUUCUUCUCGAACAACAUCAACUGCGACAAGCUGCUGCUCCACAAUGAGCAGGAGGACCAAGAGCUGUACCGGAUCGGUGCGUGUACGGCCGCGUGCAUGGCCGGUACGUAUGGGACGGAGCAGAACCAAACGCUACCGCCCAACAUGGAGCAGUUCAAGACCAUCGGCCAUUGCUAUAAGCUUUGCUCGGAAGACACACGCCCGCUGUCCGCCUGGAAACCGCUGGUGCAGCGCCAGGACCCAUCGUUACGCAUUAAUCUCAUCUGCCGCGAUAGCACCAACCUGAUCAUCGAGAUCAAACCGAAACGCAACGGUGAUGAUGAUGAUGAUGCUCGUGCUAUGAUGAACCUUAGCUCACCCGAGGGAAAUCAGAACCAAUUAAGUGCACUUCUCGAUACGGCUGUCGAAUCCUCCGAAUCGGUACCGUCCCGUAACAGACGUGCUAUCGGGGCCGAUGGACCACUGCCCGCCGGAUUACUAGCCGAACGUCAAAAAGCUUCCGCCACUUCGCGGGCAAACCUGCUGCCGGAACCGGGCGCUUCGGGUGAGCGGUUCGCGAAAAUCGAUGCUUCCUCGCUGAAUGCGGCUGGAGGGCCCUCUGGCGACGUUCCCGAUGUCGCGGUCAAGGUUCAGAAGGAUCGCGGGAAUUACGCGCGAGCGUUGCCGACAUCGCAGCGUGUGCGUCCGGUGCCCAUCUAUCUGGUGAAGGUGCAGGAGAGCGAACAGGAACUCGGCGACCGAAUCGUCUAUAUGAGUAAUUCAUCAUUGGUGAAGAUUGAAAAUCUUGCUCCCAACAAGCGGUACAAUGUUACGGCCACCAUGCUAACGUCGGAGUACGAGUAUUACUACGUCGAGAAGCAUCAGUUUCGGACCUUACCGUUGGACUACAUGCCGGGUACGAUUACGGAGGUGAUGGUGGAACGGUUUGAGCCGAAUGUAAAAGACAACCGUUUGGUCGAUGCCGUCAUCUCGUGGAAUCCAGCAAAAGAUAAAACAUGUCACUAUGAAAUAGUGUGUCACGCCAGCCAUUCACCAGACUUUCAGCUGAAACCAAUCGAUGUCCAACAGCCCGAAGUUCUUUACAAGUACACCAUCAAAGCGUUAAAGCUCAGUGCCAACUACAUGGUUGCGGUCCGAUCAAAGAACACCCAAAAUGCGAUGAGAGAAAGUCAACUGCAUUGGCAAUCGUUCCACACGCCCAGCUGUACCAACCUCACGGACGGGACACAGAUGUGCGCACCGGAACCGAUUAUGAAUGUGCGUGUGACUCAAUCACCUCUGUACGGUGAUCACUAUCAGCUGAACAUCAGCUGGGAUCGUCCUGCUAUCGCGCCCGAUUCGUACGUGGUGAAAGUGUACGAUCUGCACGAUCCCGAAACAGAAACUCCAGCCAACUCGUUGACCAGAAACAUUACCGGGGAUGCGGUUGGGUUGCUGAUCGAUUCGUUCGAAAUGUUUGGACCACAUUUCGAGGUAUUAAUUUUUGCAUACUCCGCAGUGGGCGUAUCAUCCCAAAGUGCUAUCAAAACGCUUCAAAUUGGACGUGUUAGCUCCGCAGAAUCAUGGAUACGGACCAAGCUAGUUUUUAUCAUUCUGACACCGGUACUGAUGAUAGGACUGUUGAAAAUUUCCAUUUCGCUCAUCUGUCGAAGAAGGGCCAAGCUGAAGCGGUACGAGGAACGGUGCGAAUACUUUAAGGAACUGGAGCAAAAGGCACCAGUUGAUCCGAGCACUGAGUUUGAACCGACGUCAAAGCAGAUGCAGGAUCUGCUCGCUUCCAGCCAUCCAUUCUCGGCGGAUUUGAUAGCGCCCAUUAACGACGAGCUUGAGAUAGAGAUGGAACAUAUCAAACUGCACGAUAUGCUGGGCGAGGGUGCAUUUGGGCUGGUUCGCAAGGGUGUACUUCAAAGGGAUGAUGUCGAUGGAGAACCACACAAACCGGUGGCGGUAAAGAUGCUGAAAGAAUGUCCCCGUGUGGAGGAUAUUAUCGAGUUUCGGCGCGAAAUGGAGGUAAUGAAGUCGGUCGGUACGCAUCCCCACAUAGUCGGUAUCGUCGGACAUUGUACGAAAAAUGUGCGCAAAAUGAUGCUGCUAACGGAGUACUGUGGUAGGGGUAACUUGCUCAACUAUUUGCGCCUCCAGUGGCAACGACUGUUAAGAGAAAACCGCACUACAUUUUCGCUCAACGGCACCACCGCAACACCGUCGAUGGUGCCCGAUUCUUUGGACGGUACGGCCGAACACGAAUGCCUAACACCAUCGCUGGACAACAACAAAAUGCCCGAGAACGUGUUCAACUUUGACACAUCGUUCGUGAACGAUAAGAAAUCCUUAACGUACAAAAACCUCUCCGACCAUCGGCAGACACUGUUGGGUGGUUUUGUCACCAGCGAUGGUGGCCACCGACAUUCGCCUCAAAUUAUCGAAAACAAGCUCUACCCACUGUUUAACGAGGAUAGUGAAGGUGAUGAAACGUCGAAGCUAACGCGCAAAGCGUUCUGCACGAAUGCUUGCAAGAACGCGGUGGAGAUCCUCGAUGGACAGCGUUGCGGACUGAUGGGCAGGGAUUCAAAGAAGGCUUGUGACGGUGUAAAGAGCAACGUGCGAAUUAAGCCUUGCAGUUGCCACAGCCUAACACUCGAUUCGGCCCUCACGCACAACACCGUGGAGAAUCGGUGCUAUCAAAGUGAAAAGGAAGAUGAUCCGUUACCAAACAGCGGCCAACUGUUGGAAUUUUCCCGGCAGAUAGCUCUUGGAAUGGAAUUUCUCGCUCGCAACAAAGUGGUGCAUCGCGAUUUGGCCGCUCGGAACGUGCUGGUGUGUGAUAAUAAUACGGUGAAAAUAGCUGAUUUUGGACUGAGUCGUGACAUCUAUCAGGAAAAUCUGUACCGCAAAACCAGCAAUGGGAAGUUACCGAUCAAGUGGCUCGCACUAGAAUCGAUGACGCAUCAGGUCUACACGUCCCAGAGUGAUGUGUGGUCGUACGGGAUACUGCUGUACGAAAUAUGCACCCUCGGGGGUAGUCCGUAUCCAUCAAUUUCCACCAACAAGCUGCUACGGUAUCUGGAAAGCGGCUACCGAAUGGAACGACCGAAAAGUUGCAGUGAGCAGCUAUACGAUUUAAUGUAUUCCUGCUGGUGUCUACAUCCCGGAGAGCGUCCCACGUUUAGCAAAAUCGUGCACACGGUCGAGUUGUUGCAGCAGAAGGAUGAACCGGUCAUUAUCGAUCUGAACGCGAUUGCUGAUAGCCAUUGUACAAAAAAUGCGACAGAAGAAAAUUCAUACUUAAAACCGGUUGAGUAUUAGAUCCGAAGAGCGCAUCACAAGGAUUAUCAUGUGCCCUAAUGUAAAAACAACGAAAUUAGAAAACUCCACACAACGGCGAUUGGACAAAAGGGACAAACAGCUGGGAGAUGUGAUUGUUUUUUACCAGAACUACGCUACAGAAAAAUAAGAGAUGUUUGAAAUAUUGUAUAGAAUUAUUGUUCAUUUUCUUUUUUGGAUAAAAUAUACUUUUAAAUAAAUAAACCACGUG